GUGACGUUUGACGCUGGUUACAUGCAAAGAGUAACUUAAAAUGAAUGCAUGUUAAGAAACCAUAGUUUGAGCAUCAGCUAACAGGAAAACGAGUCAUCCAUCCACCCACCCAUCAUGUUCUCUGGAUCCCAUGAACAAGGAGAUCCUUCAGAGAUGGGGAGCGAGGUACAAAGUAACAGACAAACACAUUGCACAGACUGGCUGCCAAUGGAGCGUGUUCAGGAAAGUGACCUCCAUAUGAAAAUGGAAGCUUUGGUGCAGGACCUAAGCACGGCACUGGAAGAAUCGUCGCGCGCAUCGUCCGUGAGGCGUCGGUGGGGCCUGAGGCGGAGGGCGAGGUCGACAGGCAGCCUUCCUGCAGCAACCAAUCACAAGACGCAGAGCGAUGACUCGACAAGCAGUGUGGACCCAGCAUUUUCCCGGGACCGUGGCAUGUCUAGUCUUCAUCAGAGCGAUUCUGACGAUGCGGGGCCGACAGCCGGUGUGCACCGCCAGCUGACUCCGUUCAGCCUCCAGGCACGUCACGUACCGCUGCUCCACGGCAACAUCGAGUCGGACUCCUUCAACGAGAACUUCUCACCAGUACAUCCGAGUACACGCAGGCAACGCAAAUUUAAGCGUAUGGCUGUGGACGUGGUGGAUGCCGGUGUCGACUCAGCCGGUGCUGGCCAUGCGUCAUUGCCCGUCCCACUUGCAGCUGGCAAGAAGAAGCGCUCUGUUCGCCAUGUGGCAAACUGUGAGAACAGGUACGGUAACCUGGUAUGUGGAAAGCGCAAGAGGAGCAUGCGAGAGCGCAGUGUGGACUGCUCGGGUGAGCGUCGCGGCAGCAGAGGUGGACAGGUGGAGGGCAGACGCGGGGCUGGGCACGGCCGGCAGCUGCUGCGGCCCCCUCAGCCACUCACCCCGGCCCUCGCCGGGGCGCGCGCGGCAGCUGUCGCUGACGUCCCGUCCACCAGCCGGGGUGUACUCGGCCUGCCACCGAUGGACGUGGACGGAGGCCUGGAAGUUGCACAGUGUGACAUGGUAAGCAGCAGCAGCAUUAGCAGCUCAGAAAGCGAGACAGGUGUCUGCACUAAUGACGAGGGGCGUGAAGGUGACGACGAGCAGAGCGACUGGUUCGGAGGCGAGCACGGCCACGGCUGGUGGGAAGACGACGAGGGUCCUCCCGGUGCUGUGGGCGGAGCCGACGAUGACGACUGUGAUGAGGAGGACCCGACUUUCAAAGCUAUCCUGUGUGGCAGCUUCGAGCACCUGUCUGAAGAGGCAAAGGAGUCGUACCGCGCACAUGUUCGCUUCCUUCGACAGGGCAUAAAUGGCUGCCGAGAAAUUAGAGGAGGUCGAAGACGGGUACGAAAUGAACGCCCGGGUUUUAGUAUCUCGACAUCAGCCAAUGAGAAGCUCUCCCGAUUUCUACAGGACCCAGCACAAAUGGAGCUUAAAUUCUACCUCACAGGUUUACUUGUGGCACAUGCUGUUUAUUCAGUACUGGUGUUCCUCAGGCUCCAUCCCAUGAAACAGCAGGAGCGUGACCAGCUGUGCCAACUUGCGACGCUGUAUUCGCUCAAGAUGUCGACUGACCCUACACUCACAUGCCCUGUGCUCACCAAAACAAGGAACACGAUGCAAGCGGUGAGAGUCGAGCAGGUGGCCUUGGGACGGUUUCACCCUGCAUCACGUCAUCACCAGCACCAUUUGAGUGAUUUCAAGAAAAGAAGAAAAAUGCCACAGCCAAUGGAACUCGUGGGAGCCGGAGCGAGCCCCAUUCCGGACAGCAACAUCGGCAACACGAUGCUGCGCAAUAUGGGCUGGGAGCCGGGCAAGGGUUUGGGGGCGCACAGCUCUGGCAUAACAGAACCCGUGCCGGCCGCCAUCAGGCCCAAGUACCAGGGACUCGGGCUCGGACACGCCUGCACGUCAAGUUAGUCGUGGAAUCCACUCCACUCUACUCCACUCCGCACGUGUCGACCUCGCUCCACACUUUGUCAUCCUGAACUUGUGUAUGUGUGUGUGUGUGUGUGUCUCUGUGCAGUAAUGGUGUUGUAGCCUGUGUACAGAAGUGCGCAUAUUUCGUGCCGUACCACACGGUAGCGUAGCUCUGGUGUCCGUAUCCCUUAGUGCCGUCUUAUUGAAAUGGAUGACAAUUUGCAAUGGACAUGAAUUUUUCAGUGACUGACUAAAAGUGUUUUUCACCGAGAUGGGUAUUUAUUGCAGCUCUCAGGGACCUUUUCUUGAACUCUGUAAUUUCUGUGUACAGUAAUAUGUUGAACUAGGCUGAAGAAGUGAACUGCUACCAUCUACAGUGGAAGUCUUAUUGCCAUCAUUACUGUUGGUGCAAAUUGUGAAUGUGACCACAAUGUGUAUAAUUAUUAUUUCAGUCCAGUGAACUGUAGUCAUAGCUGCUGUUGUAUCUAAAAUAAUUUGUGUUAGUAAUUUCAGCAAUAACUAUUGUACUUCACCCACCUUCCUCCACAGCUGUAAGCCAUAAAUUUGAUCGUUAUGAAAUCUGGGAAGGUUGCAGAACAUAGUUUGUGAACAGAAAUUAAGUAACUACUCAUAUCUCAAUAAAAGUCUUCUGGCUAUAUGACCACA